ACCGCGCGAAACGUGACCGUAUCACAAUCUUCCACCCACCAUGUCAGUGACUCCAACGAAAUGAUAGACUACAAAAGCACUUCCGGUGAUCCCCUAAUUGAAAGAGUGUCUUCGGCGAAUCUCGAUGGCUCUAUUUCACUCACAUGGUUAUGGGAAAUAAUCCUACGCACAAAACGUCUACCAGAUGAUUUAGACCCGAAAGUCCUUUUUAUUGUCCUGCGGGACCGCCUGAGGAAUCUCGAACGCGAGGUCCGCCAACAUGCCUUGAGAGUCCUCGCUGAUUUGAUUCCAGUGAUCGACCAGAAUCUUCUAGACAAACACUUGGAGUUUCUCCUCCCGGAUUUAAUCGUAAACUUAUCACAUCUCGCACCAGCAGUGCGGAAAAGCACAAUCGACGUCUUAAAAAUCUAUCUCAAACACAGUCCGUACCCGAACGAAGUUCUAAAAAAAUUGAUGACCGCAGUGCCUGACGAUAGCCACUUGAAGCAAGGACUUCUAAUGGCAAUUCCCUAUUUUUCAAGCCAGGUUAAUGAAGACACUUUGGUUUUUCUGAUUCGGCAGUUAUUCGAAGCCACGAAUCAGGAUUUUCUUAAAGAAACCUCAGUUUGUUCUUUGAUUAAGACACGAUCGAGGCUUGGAACUGAGCGGUUUAAUAACUUAAUCGGGGACAAACUCAACGAAUUUUUGGAGCUUUGUAACCAACAGAACAUUCACUUGGAAGCGGUUGAACCGAAUGUGAUUCUCGAGACUGAGAUUACGCUCGAGACGGGUCCAGCCAUCACCAUGAAGAUACAUGAAGAGGAAGAGGAAGAAAAUUCUUCAAGCAAUGAAAUAAGAAGACACACAGAAAGCGACUUGGAGAUGGUCACUCGCAGCCCCCGCAAGGUGCACUUCGGGGGCGAAGUGGUCAAGAUGCGGACUCCUGAGAGCGACUCCAACCAGCAGUCAAGUGACGACAACGAUGUUCACACUUCUGUGAUCAUCGACCGGCCCACAAGCAUUAAAAUCACCGUCAGUGAUAACGUCGCUGCUAUCAAAACGCGGCAUAAAAGCAUGAUUCCGGUGAGGAUCACCACAGGAUCGAACCCGCCAACUCCCCGGAAGAAAAUCAAAGCGAGGAGAUUGUACAAAUCCGCGCCUGAUCUUGGACGAAACUCCAAAAUUCCACUACCCUCGAAGAAAAAUAAAGAGAAGGAAAACGAGGAAAAGGUCAGGCGUCACAGUCGUGGCGAGGACGAAUUUAGCCCGAUUCCCAUCCACGAGGAGAUUGAAGUUUUCCAUAACUUGACUCGAAGUCCACAAAGGCCUAACCCGGAAUCGGGUAAUGACACAUUUACCAGUUUUCAGAUUUGUCACGACAAAGAAAAUCAGGAUUCGGGUAAUUUGUCCACUUGGGAAAUUAUCCUUCGUGAUCUUAGUCAUAAGGACGUUUGGAUUAAGGGUCGAGCUUUGGACGACCUCAACCAACUCCUGCGUAAAAACACGCCAAUCACAGUCACAUCCCAACUUUUCGAAAGUUUAUUUUCGUGUGAAAAACAACCACGCCUCCAAACACGCGCUCAGGAAACUCUAAUCCUCACCAUUAGCCGAAUCCCUCCCCAAACUCUCACAGAAACCUAUCCGCAACUUGUCAACGACUCAGUAAGAAUAUCGCCACCUCCAGGCGUCCGACUUUCCCUCCUCCUUAUGCAACGAACCUCUCCCCGGAAAUUCUUUGAGACUCUAAAAGUCGAACCAAAAGAUCGCGAAGCUGCCCUUCAAGCUCUCAUUGCCGCAACUCGGACUUUCCCAAGCUCGGAAAUCGACUUAAAUCGCGGAAUUUCAAUGGCUUUUGACGCUAUGAAGGAUCCAAAGCGAGCAGUCAGGCAAGCUGCGCUUGAAGCUUUGGCUAGUUUGGCUCAAGUGGCUGGGAACACGAUGAUUCUCGAUGCUGUUAAUGAUAUGUCCAAGGGCUUGGACGACUCGGACCACAUUUUGACUAUUGUAAGGACGAGAUUGUCGCGGAGACAACUCCCAACUGUUGACCUGAACGGGAAUGUGAGAUACUCGAGUCCGAGGGAGCAAGAGGAGUUGGAAUGGCUGUGUGGAGGUGUUCCAAAUCUGACCAAAACCUCGUCUCUGAAUUCGAUCAAAGUGUCGAAUUACUGGAAGCAUAAUUUACGACACGAAAUGGAGGAGGUGAACGAUUCUGUACCAAAAACUGAGAACGGGAUCCUGUGUCCUGUCUACGUCCUGCGGGACACUUCGCAAGUCAAUGGUCGGCAUUACCGGAACUAUGACAGGGGGCGGUCGAACUCCCCGCCAAGCCGGCAAGAUAGCUUCAGUGAUAAUAAUAAAGGGAAGAGAUUUAUCAGACAAAGUGACCAGUUCCGGAAGAGCUUUUCCUCGGAGCAAAUUUACAAUGGAAGUUAUAACUCGUCAAGUAGCAGAUCGUCAACUACUUCCACCGGUUCUUCCCGAAGUGGUCUUUGGUUGAAGGAUUUUCGAUCAGGGAUUCCUGUUCCAAUAUCCUCUGAUACGAAAUUGAAAUUUCGGACGCAUAGACACUCCUCAGAGUCUUUUAGCGGGCCUGUGGUUGCUCAAGAACCGAUCAAAAACAGAACGAAGCUGGAAACUCCCCAAUUGACCCCGAUUCGGUUGAACUCUACUCAAAGUUUCACCCAACAAAUUCCUCCCCCGUCCUCAGGGUCCGAAUCCUCGGGGUAUUUCACGCCACCGGCGGAACACCACUUGAAGGAGGAGGAAGCCGAAGAGGAAAAUAACAAUUUGCAAGAACCUAACUUCCAGAUAGUGGAGUCUGAAAAUUCGGAAGUUCACGAAGUUGAAGAUAUUAGACAAUCCUCGGCAAGUUCAGCCGAAGUCCGUGAAGUGUCUUUCGACGAAGUCGACAAACAAGAAAUCAAACGUUUCAGUUCGUUGGAGGACGUCGAUUUCAGCGAAAAUCGUCACUUUUCCGAACCUAGGAGCAAAUCCCGGGCUGAACCUUCACUCAAAUCCAGCUUACCCGAAAUUUCGCAACGCAAGAACAACUCCGCACCCCCACUUGAACUCCCCUUAGUGCCUUACAAAUCCCCCGAAAAAACCCCAAUUAAAACCCAACUCCCGGGUUCAGUAGCCUCCACCGAGACCACACCCAAGAAACUAUCGGGUCAAUCACCAAGACGUCUCUCACGGCGCAACACCAGCCUGAAACGGACGGGAAAAUCGCCCAAAACCCCGGCAAUCAGCCGGCCGAAGGAAAUCCUAAACCAGGCUUUGGCCCAAAUGGAGAGCUGUGACUGGGAGACGGUGAUCCAGGGCUUAAACUCCCUCACCCGCCUCUCACACACAACCCCCGACGUCCUGGAGCCGCAAAUGCACCAGAUUUGCAUCACUCUGGCCCGAAAUAUCAAAAAUUUGCGGUCGCAAGUCGCCAGGUGUGCGUGUCACGCCUCGAGCGAGCUUUUCAAUUCCUGCAAAAAGGGCCUAGAAAUGGAGUUGGAGGAAUUGGCGACGCCUCUCCUCCACCGCACCGCCGACACGAACAAAUUCCUGCGCAGUGACGCGAACUCGGCCCUGGACGCCAUGGCCCUUAACAUGUCGGUGCCAAGGGCCGUGGCUGUGAUUGCCAACAAAGGGUCCACGCACCAAAACGGGGUUGUCAGAGGGGCGGCGACGAGACUUAUGAGCGAUUUGGCGAUGAGGCUCGGUGCCGAGAAGGUUUUUCAGUUCCCGAAGGAGACCAGGGAUAAGUUUUUGUUGGUGGGCGCGAAUGGCUUGACGGAGGGGAGUUUGGAGACGCGACGGCAUGCCAAAGCGCUGAUGUCGGCGCUUGUGGGGCACGGGAUGUUUCACAAGGUUUUGGUUGAGGCGGUGCCUCAACACACGCUGAGGCACAUUGCCAAGGCGAUAGCCGGGUUGAAGUGAGGGCACUUCUUCCAUUGUGUUGUAGGGGUAGAGAUUUAAGUGUUUAUGGUGGGGUUUUUAUUUAUAUAAAAUUUAUGACGAAAUAAAAAUUACUGAAAAAAUA